CAGAUCCGCUGGGAUCGUUUCACACCAGUCGAAGGAAGAACCGAACCCGAGACCCUGGCACGCGUAUGGAGCUCUACGGCAAACCCAUUCUGAUCUGAUCUCUGGAGCUUCCGAUGAAUUCGAACGCAAUUGCAAGCAUGUUUUUAAUGAAUGCGCUGUGCAUGGUUGUUAUUUUUUGAAAUACAGCUCUGGAAACCUGUAAGAUCGCGCGUGUAUGAAGAAAUUGUUUUCUUGAGAAAAACAUUUACAACGAUGCCCGUGGAUUCGUGUGUCACGCAUAUUCUAGGAUAUUUAAAUACACUCGUAACUGUGAAGUUAUCGCUAAGUGAGGCGUUGAUAAAGGUGAAGGUUUGAAAAUAUAUUUGUGUGGAAUACAAAUCGGUUCACGCAUAGUAUUUCGUUGUAAAAGGAUUACCGAAAUUAUUUACAUGGUCAUGUUUUAAAUGCGUUUUUGCAUUGCUUUUUUUUUGGUGGGAUCGAAACACAACGCUAUGUUAGAUCUAUGUUGAAUAUUUAACCCUGAGACUGUUUCUCUGUAAGCAUCAUGAUGGCAAAACAUUGUCCUAAUGAUGACCUGAGUAAGAUCUCAGAUGAUGAACUGGUAAGAUGGAGCAAAGAGGACUUGAUCAAGAGACUGAGAAGGGCUGACAGUGAGAAAAUGAACCUAAUGCUAGAGCAUGGGAACAUGAUGAAGGACGUCAACCGUAGACUGCAGGUGCACCUCCAUGAGAUCCGUAAUCUAAAGGAGAUCAACCAGAAACUGCAAGAUGAUAACCAGGAGCUCAGGGAACUCUGCUGCUUUCUCGAUGAUGACCGGCAGAAAGGUAAGAAGCUGUCCCGUGAAUGGCAGAGGUUUGGGAGAUAUACAGCCAGCUCCAUGUGGAAAGAGGUGAGCACCUAUCAGAAUAAACUCAAGGAGCUGGAAGUCAACCAGCAAAACGUCCUCCGGGAGAAUGCAGAGCUAAAGGAGAUCAUUCUCAUGUUGGAUGAAGAUAGGAAUGGUGCAGGAUCUCGGAGCUCUAUAGACAGCCAGUCCAGUCUGAGCAACCUGAAUGGAGGUUCUGGGAUUGUCAGGGAUGUUGGAGAUGGGAGCAGUACCUCCAGCGGUGGAAGUGCUGGCAGCCCCGACCAUCAUCAUAAUCACAUAAACAAGACUGUAGAAACCAAGAUUGGCACCAUAAUGACGCAAUGGAUCGACCUUUCCGCACCUCAUCAUCACAGGAGCAUUCCCAAUGGACUCAACGAUGCAUCCUCAAACUACAUUCGCCAGCUAGAAACCAAGGUCCGGAUUCUAGAGGACAAUAACAACAAACUGCUCUCACAACCCUGUAGCCGUUAUAGCUUAUCAAAGCUGUCCAUGAAGUGUAAUCCGGGAGACCUGCGAGCCCUGCGGAAAGGCAUGACCCUGUACCACUCCGAAUCACAGCUGUCUUCCCUCCCCCAGAGGCAGGAGGCCCUGCUGAACGGGACUGGAAGGCUACAGACCAGUGAGUCUUCUCCUUCUACCGGGUUUGUCUCAUCCGUACAGAAACCUGAAGCUGUGGUUCAUGCCAUGAAGGUUCUGGAGGUCCAUGAAAAUCUGGAAAAGCAGCUUCCAGAAGAAAGUGAGGAAGACCUGAGUGAGAAAGAGAAAGCCAUAGUGCGAGAAAUGUGCAACGUGGUGUGGCGAAAGCUUGGUGACGCGGCAGGGUCGAAGCCGUCCAUCCGACAGCAGCUCUCUGGGAAUCAGUUCAAAGGUCCUCUAUAGCAGCUCCAGCACAUAAGGAACAUCUCUCCUUCUGGUCAGCCAUGAAACUCCAGCAGGACCAAACUGAGAAAUGCUCACGACAUCAACAGCAUACACAAACACUACCAUCAUCCAAUGAGUUCAAAUAUCGCCAUUAACAUUGGACCGCUGCACUCCAAUUGUGAACAUGUAAAGCAAUAAUCCGCAUUGUUUGACUAUAAAAAAUGUUUUUCUUUAUUGAUGAAAUGGUAUGAAUUACCAAUUCUGGACUAUUCAGUUGACAGCUACCCAACGGUCAAUUUGACCGAAUGUAGAUUCAAAAAAGAAACACUAAAAGGACAGCGUCAUUUGGGACUGGACCCAUGAUGAAGUGUUUACAACUGGCAGCUAGUCGUGGUCUGUCAGCUUGCCUCUUUUGUGUUUUACCUCAUAUUAUUGUUUUUACAUAACAGUGACGUCAGAAGACUCAUUAUUGUUUUCUCACAGUCUUUUGAACAAAGUUGGGUCAUCAAACCGUGUUUUACUCCUUUCAGAGUGAUAUCAGAUGAUGCUCACUAACUCCACUGUGUUCUGGUACCUUUCCUGUGCAAGUAGUGUACAGAAAGACAAUGUAAGAUAUGUACAAAAGCUUUAAAUCUCUUUGUUAUGUUGUCUUUUUAAAUGUUUUU